AUGAGUCCCAAAGGUCCUUAUCGUCUCAUGACUGUCAACACAGCACCAGAACGGGCCAAGCGCGUCAUUGCUGCCAUGGUCGAGAACCUGAAAGAAAGCUAUACAAUUGAUUAUGUCGUCAACUCAGAAAGAAUUGAAGAUGUUCGCGCUCUGGUGGAGGAGUACCGUCCUGAUGUCUUGUUUACGGCUUCGAUGUGGACUGAAGAACAGAGUAGGGAAGUGGAGGAAACGGCAAGAAAUAUUAUUCCCGAAAUCAAGUUUCAUGCAAUUCCAUAUGGUCUCCAGGUGGCGAAAGGUCCCGACGCUAUUGUUGAAUAUCUCACUGAGAAGGUACCAGCGUUACUGGAAGCUUGA